AUGACACACAUAUUAGCAGUCAGUGGUCUCGCAAAAAAAAAAAGAUCUACAUGUUUUUUAUGCAAAAGUCCAGAGGAUCAAGGGUCGAGAAAUGCACUCUGGGUGACAGUCAACAUGGCAGCCCGCAUGUAGCUCCUUGGGACCUGUGGGGCUUAGCGAUUACCUUUCAUUGUAGAAGUACUACCCUUCACUUGGGGAAAUAUGCUUCACCUACUGUGUUACAGAACAACCACUGGUGCACCAGUCCGGUCGCUCUGCACGCGGUUCAAUAAAACCACAGAUUUAUGGAAAUCUCCACGAGCCUCGUUGUAUUCAUCACAUGUGCCACACAUGUGCAGGUCUUUGCGACAACCUGGCAAUGCCGUCAGUCGGAUUUGGGGUCUGACCCAAAGAGCUGUCCGCCAGGCAGCCCCCCGGACUUCCAAACCCCGGGGGGUGGCCCUUAAAUUUAUUCUGGGGCCAGCCUUCUGCACCAUAGCCGCACGGCUCGCCGGCCGAGUCGCUUACUGUGAAGCAGAUUUCAAUAACAACGUCCAUGCAGAGGUUUCAACUAAAGAUCCCGACCCCGAGUUCAAAUGGCAUAUUCUGUGGGAAUUUGUCAAGCCUCAGCUCUUUGCUCUCCUCGGUGCUGUUGUGCUUGCUUUCGGUGCUGCAAUCCUGAACAUUCAAAUCCCCUUGAUACUGGGAGAGUUGGUGAAUAUUGUGGCCCGCUACAUGAGAGAACACACUGGGAACUAUAUUCAGGAGAUCAGAGGUCCCGCCCUCAAGUUGCUUGGACUCUAUGGUAUUCAAGGUCUUCUCACCACCGGCUACAUCAUUCUGCUGUCCAGGGUGGGGGAGAGGGUGGCCUCAGACAUGAGGAAGACCCUCUUCGCUGCUUUAUUACGACAGGACGUGGCGUUCUUUGAUGCCAAUAAAACUGGGCAGCUCGUGAACCGCCUGACUUCCGACAUUCAGGAGUUCAAGUCCUCUUUUAAACUGGUCAUCUCUCAGGGUCUGCGGAGUCUGACCCAGACAGUUGGGUGCUUUGUUUCCCUCUACAUCAUUUCACCUAAACUCACCGGCCUGACCGUGGUUGUUCUGCCCUGUCUAGUGGGCGGCGGGGCUCUGAUUGGCUCAUUCCUCCGCAAGUUGUCUCGAUUGGCUCAAGAGCAGGUAUCCAGGGCGACGGGUGUUGCCGACGAGGCGCUGGGAAACGUGCGGACGGUUAAAGCCUUCGCCAUGGAGGAAAGGGAGCUGCAGUUAUAUGCCUAUGAAGUGGAGAAGUCCUGUGAAAUGAAUGAGAGUCUGGGCAACGGAAUCGCUGUGUUCCAAGGCCUGUCAAACGUUGCUCUGAACUGCAUUGUCCUUGGGACGAUUUUCGCUGGAGGAUCUCUAUUGGCCGGUGAUGAAAUGUCCCCAGGCGACCUCAUGUCCUUCCUGGUGGCUUCUCAAACCGUCCAAAGGUCUCUGGCAAGCAUCUCUAUCUUAUUCGGGCAGGUGGUGAGGGGUCUGAGUUCUGGGGCCAGGGUGUUUGAGUACAUGACCCUGGAGCCCUCCAUUCAGGUCCUGGGAGGCGGACGCAUCCCUUCCACUUCCCUGACCGGGAGGAUCGAUUUCAUGGACAUCUCAUUCACUUAUCCAACCAGACCAGGCCAUCAGAUCUUAAAGGGUUUCAACCUGACACUGCCCCCCGCGAAAACAGUUGCCAUCGUCGGUGAAUCUGGAGGAGGAAAGUCCACUGUGGCAGCUCUGCUGGAGCGAUUCUACGACCCAGAUAAUGGCGUCAUCAUGCUGGAUGGACUAGACAUCCAAACGCUCGACCUGUCCUGGCUCAGGGGACAGGUUAUCGGAUUUAUCAAUCAAGAGCCCGUGCUGUUCGGCUCCUCUGUCAUGGAGAACAUCCGCUUUGGCAAGCCUGAGGCUACAGAUGCUGAGGUCAUCAGUGCUGCCAAGCAAGCCAAUGCCCACCGUUUCAUCACUAGCUUCCCAGACGGCUACGGCACCGUGGUCGGGGAGCGCGGUGUGACCCUGUCGGGUGGACAGAAGCAACGGAUCGCCAUUGCCCGAGCGUUGAUCAAGAACCCCACCGUCCUGGUGCUGGACGAGGCCACCAGCGCCCUGGACGCCGAGUCAGAGCGGGUGGUGCAGGAGGCUCUGGACCGGGCCACUAAAGGGCGCACGGUGCUGAUCAUCGCCCACCGCCUCAGCACCAUCCAGGGGGCGGACCUGAUCUGCGUCAUGAGCAACGGCCGCAUUGUGGAGGCUGGGACCCAUCUGGAGCUGAUCGGCAGAGGUGGACCUUAUUCGGAUCUGAUUCGGAGGCAAAGAGCUGAAGCAAAGAAAUGAGCGAUUUAACAAGUGUUUACGAUUAAGUGUACCAUCACAAAUGGCAUGUCAAUUAUGAUGAAAGUCUCUUGACUACUGGGAUCAGGUUAUAUGUACAUGUAAAGUGUACAUAUUUGGACCAAUCAUUAUAUUAGUAUGAUAGUGGUCUCUGGACAUAGGGUUUUACUGCCAUGGAUUAUUUGCCUGUAGCAUAAUUGUACAGAAUUUAAUUAAAUGGAAUACCUCAGUG